GGUGUGGCCGGCCCUUUCUUGUGCCCGGAUCAGGACCAGGGCCGGGACAAGAUGCCUUACUCGGUGGAAACCCCCUAUGGCUUCCUGCUGGACCUGGACUUCCUCAAGUACGUGGACGACAUCGAGAGAGGCCAGACCCUCCGGAAGCUUCCCCUCCCCCGCAAAGGGAAGGGCUCCAAGCCGGCCCAGAGCUUCCCCCGCAGCCAAAUGGGGGGCUGGGCCUCCACCGAGUCCCUGUCCUCCUCUGCCAGCGAGGAUGGGAAGCUGGCCUUCUCCCCGCGGCCCCGAACGGCAUCCUACGGAACCAAGGAGCACGCCGGCAAAGACGGCUGCUCCUUCCCGACGUCUCCUCCGCCGGCCGGCCGGCUUCUCCCUCCAGCUUCCCCCAAUUCGGUGGGUAGAGGCAGCCGGGUGGAGACCACCUUGCUGGAGACCAGCAGGAGGCUGGAGGAGGCACAGCUGGUGAGCAGCGAAGGGCCUGCAGCGCCCAAGAGGACGGGCGGCCCUUCCCAAAACAGCACGUGUCCCCCCAACUCUGCAUCCUCUCCGUCCGGGGAGGGCCAAGCUGAGCCUGUGAAGCCCAGCCCCCCUAAUUCAGGAAGGAGCACCCCGGUUCCGGCCGCGAGCCCCGCACACCUCCAUCACGUCCGCGAGCAGAUGGCCGCUGCUCUCAAGCAGCUGAAGGAGCUGGAGGAGCAGGUGAAGAUGAUCCCCCUCCUGGAGGAGCAGAUCUGCCGGCUGAAGCAGGAGAAGGAGCAGCUGGUGGCGGCUGGCUUGGGGGAGAAGCGGGAGGCCGAAGCCGAGGAGUCGGGGGUCUUCUGCUUCCCCCCAAGACAAGGCCUCAAAGAUGGGCCUGCUUGUCCGGACCCAGGAGGGCCCCAGCCUGAGAGGGAGGGAGAGGCGACCAAAGGAAGGACAAGUAAGAUUGCAGAGCUGAAGAAACUGACCGAGCGGCUGACCGGGCCAGAGAGGGCCGGGAAGAGCAGAGGAGCGGGCCGGCCCUCAAGAGUGGAGCAGCCCGGCCAGAGGUCCAUCGGAGUCGGAGAGGAGGCGGACAUGAGUGAAGUGGUUUGCUACUACCGGAGCCAAAGACCCUGCCGGGAAGUGGCUGUUGGGUGCGAGAGGGAGACGUGCGACGCAGAGGUGUGGGUGAUGGAGUCCUUCCUUGGGGUUUCCUCGGCUGCAGAGGAAGAGAUGCAGCUGGUGCAGCAGAGAGUCCAGCACCAGCAGGCCAUCAUCACCAUGCUGGAGGGGCACCUCAAGGAGGCCACCCAGGAACUGGAGGAGUUGAGGGUGGAGGUUUGCUCCCGUAGGCCGGGCAGCCUGGUCAGCCAAGCUACCUCGGCCUGUCCGGAGAUGGCUGAAGCCUGCGUGGAGGCCGUGACGCCCACCCGGUGCCAGGCUGUGGGCAGCCACGUCGAAACGGUGGAGGCUGGCGUCCAGAGCUUUCUGCAAACGUCCCACGUAGGAGUCGGUUGCAACUUGCAAGGAGAAGUGAACGGAGAAGCAAAGGCCACCGAGGAGGACUCGCCACGGAAAGCAUCCCCGAUCCCCCUGGAGCACGGGGGCCACAAAGGGCACCUCAGAUCCACAGUGGCAACGCCCGAUGCCGGCACAGCUGAGGAGGGGUCCGGCUCAGAAGAUGCCAGGCAGUCCACCAGUGGCAAGGAAGGGACCGCACAGGAUGAACCAGAUACUGGCCGAGCUUUGCCCCUGGGGAUGGGUGGCAAGGGCAGCCGUGAGCCCAACGGGGCAGAGGGGGCCUCGGGGACUGGUGCUCUGAAGUCCAUAAUGAAGCGGCUGGACAGCCCGGCCAAGGCAGAGCCGGGGGUCAGUGGGAAGAAGACCCUCCAGUUUGUGGGCCUCCUGAAUGGCGAGUAUGAGAGCACCUCUAGUGAGGAGGAGGAGGAGGAGGAGGAGGAGGAGGAAGAGGACAAGGAAGAAGAGGAAGAGGAGGAGGAGACCCCAGGCGUGGGAUCUGCCCACAGCUCCUUCAGCGAGACCGUUGGCGGCUUGGAGGGCGAUGCUGCUGCCAGCCCGGAUGUCAGCGACAGCAGCGAGGAGGAGGAGGAGGAAGGCAGCCCGGGCACAGAGGAGGCACCACCAGGGCACCCACAGCUGAGCCCUGACCCUGAAGAUGCGGCCGGACAGGGAGGAGCAACUCCCAAGGUCAAAGAGAGGUUUGAGCUGAGCCCGUGGAUGAGAGAAGCCUGCUUGGUGGUGAGGGCCCACCUGGGCCAUGGCAGAGGGGCCCCGAAGAGCAAAGAGCUGCUGUCCAGCAGCAGCCUGGUCCUGCGGGAAUGGUUCCGGGUGUCCAGCCAGAAGAGUUCCCGGGCCAGCAAGGUGGCCAAGUACCUGCAGGCCCUGGACGAGCUCUCCCCGGCACUCCUGGCGCACGUCCUCAACCUCUCCGACGGCAACGGGAACAUGGCGCUCCACUACAGCGUCUCCCACUCCAACUUCGACAUCGUCCGGCUCCUCCUCGACACAGGUGUCUGCAACGUCAACCACCAGAAUAAAGCAGGCUACACGGCCCUCAUGUUGGCUGCGCUGGCAACCAUGGAGCGGCAGGACGACAUGGCCGUAGUCCGGCGCCUCUUCGACCUGGGCAACGUCAACGCCAAGGCCAGUCAGGCCGGGCAGACGGCGCUGAUGCUGGCGGUCAGCCACGGGAGGCAAGAGAUGGUGCAGGCCCUCCUGGCGUGCGGGGCAGACGCCAACCUGCAGGACGAGGAGGGCUCCACCGCGCUCAUGUGCGCCUGUGAGCACGGCCGGGCGGAAACCGUGCGGCUGCUUCUGGCGCAGCCGGCCUGCGACACCUCCAUCGCGGAUCAUGACGGCAACGAUGCUGUGGCCAUAGCCUUGGAGGCCGGACACGACAACCUCGCGGCUCUGAUAUCUGCCCACCUCACACAGUCCGCAGACAGGACGGGAGCGUGACACUAUCCGGCUGCAACCCCAGGCGGCUUUGGCCCUUGAACUGUCCCGCCUGCAGCUGGCUGGAAGGACCCGCAACCAAAGAGAAAGCCCAUCAUUCCAGGAAACGCUUCCUGCACCGCUAUCAACCUCCGGCGAGCGCUUGGGAUCCCUGCGGGGUGAAGCUCACCCUGGGGCCGGCUUCACUAAUUCGGGCCGCCCACCUGGUCAACCUGACUGGGGCCUCAGUUCCACCAACAAGGGAAAAGCCAUCAGGGAAAAGCAGUGACCCGGUUUUAUCGUGCAAAAUUCUUGCUCUGCGCACAUGGAGAGAAGUUGGGCAGUGGAGGCUGGUGCCCAAGGCCUCUUCCCCAAGCAAGCAAGGGGGGGGGAAAGGCAUUCACCAGCCAAAUCUCCAACUGUAAUCCAAACUGGGUGGAGUGCUCCAUGGGGACUAGAAACUUACCUAUCCCAAUUUUUAUCUUGCUAGAAUAA